AUGGAGCCAAUACAAGAGCUUUUCAAUUCCCUUGAAUCAAUUGAUUCAGAAACUGCAGAAGAAGCUAAAAAAAAGUUCCGUGAACUUUUCAACUCAACCAAGGAAUCAUGGCUUCUAAAUGGCAUGUUUGAUUAUUAUCUAUCUUGUGGAUCAGAACGAUCAAUUGAUGUCUUGAUCUGUGUUCGAGAACCUCAUGAUCGAUAUUUGUUUGAUAGGCUCUCAGAUACAUUAAGAGGACCAAAUAGACUGGCAGGACUUACACUUCUUGGUCAUGUAGUUAGAAGACAUCCAUCUUGGAUCUACAAAAUUGCAUCCCAUUCCAUUUUCAAAGAUUUAAUACGAAUUUUGAAGUCAGAGAAAGAUGUAGUCACUUUGAUGAGUGCCCUUCUUAUUGUUGUGAUUCUUCUUCCUAUAAUUGCCAGUCUAAUUUCAACACAUCUACAGGAUUUGUUUGAAAUUUUCAGUCAUUUAGCAAUAUGGAAAACCAACAACCCUCACAAAGUACCUGAAGGAUAUUUGCUUCAUGUCGAGAUCGGGUUGUAUGCACUUUUCAAUCGCCUUUACGGAAUGUUCCCUUGCAAUUUUGUAUCAUACCUGCGCCAACAUUACAAUUCAAAAGAAAGUCUUGCUGUUUUCACACACACUAUUAAGCCAAUGCUUGAUACUGUCCGAAUGCAUCCUCUUUUAGUUACUGCCUCUAAGGAACUAGAAGUAUCUGCUAACAGAUGGAAAAAAAUUGAAGCAAAUGACGUAAUAAUAGAAUGCUCUAAGUUCACUAUCGAAGGAAAUUAUGAUAAACAACGUGAAGACUACUCUUAUAGAAGGAAUUCUUCAUCUCUCCAAUCACGAUCUCGUUUAACACUUUCUACAUGCUCUAGUUUUGAGACGAAACUCACAACAGAGGGCUAUGUCGAGCUGGGCAAUCAUGGUGUUCCUGUUGUGGGUAGUUAUAGUGCUAACUUACCAGAAACGGCCGAGGUUUGGAGUCCUGCUAUUGCACUAGGAGCUGUUACUCCUCCAGGAGAUUCUUCCAUACCACAUACUCCUAUAAUCCAGGGGUGCGUGAUAUCGGCUUAUAUGCCUCAGGAAGGAAACUCCCCUCCCGAAGCUGCUAUUGAAGCCACUCCAGAGUCAACACCUAUCAAGGACAUGCAUGAGCACGGUGAAAGAGCUCACUCAGCUGCUGGUCCCUCUGUUGUACGCAAUCUCAAUACUUUUCAUUCCCAACCUUCUUCUCCAUUAAGAAAGGAUCAUUCCACUUUUAAACUCUCAUCCACUCCCACUGGCCUUCAAAGGGUUCAUCGUGUUCUUUCUGAAAGAAAUCAAGUGGGAAAUCUACAGUCUAAAUCUAAAACAACAUACCCACCGGGUAGCCCUUUACGAAUGAUUCCCCAAGUUGACAGAACUAGACCUCAUACACCUGGAGAUAGGAGUGAUGAGGACAGAGAAGUGGAAACAACCAUGAUUACAUCACCAAAUCCUUGUUCAAGACAGGUAAAGCGUGAGGAUAGUGUUCUUGGUGAUUCUAAUAGUGGUGGAACCUCAGAUGGAACAGAAUGGAGGGAAUGGAAAGCUGGAGGUGGCCUUCUUUGGCCAGAAUGUAGAAGUGUAAAUAACUUUGCCCGUAGACUUCGUUGUUAUAGCCAAUGUCAAGAGACCUUGCAUCUGCUUUCUUUAAAGGCUAGCUGUGGAAACAGUUCAAAAGAUUCCAAAAAAAAGUAUUUAAGACGUACAGUCUCUUGUCCAGAAAUACUGUUGGAUGUUGAGGCUGAGGUUUUAUCUCAAAAGGAGGAAAAAAAAUUUGUGAAUUCUGAAACUCAGACUGAUCCUCUACAACCCUUGCUGUAUGAACAUCUUCUCCUUUCCAUUUUAAAUCCUGUGGAGCCAAUACAGCAACGCAGUGCACCACCUGAUGUUACUUCUCCACCAAUAUUUCGCGAUGAUCAUCCAAAAGGACCUUUGGAGUUGUAUCUUGAAGUAACUAAGGAGCAGCUUAAAGAAAAACACAGUAAACCAGGUGUUGAUAACAGUGAAGUAAAACAGCUGAAAGAUCAGUUAGUAUUGUUAACUCUUCAACUUCAGUUUGAAAGACAUAGAAGAGAGGUUCAUGCUGAAAGGAACAGAAGGUUACUUGGAAGAUAUAGGGAAAAUCGUGUACUAGAAGAACAUAAUUCUGCUUUGAGAGAUCAAGUUCAACUUCUUCAAAGAGAAACCGAAAUGUUGCAUAAAAAUUUGGAACGGUUUAGGAAUGAGGCGAAAGAAGAGGAAGAACAGCAUCAGCGGAGUGUUGCUUUUUGGGAAGAACAAAAUGCUAGUCUGCGAAACCGACUAAAAGAGGCUACAGAACUUGUCAAGCAGCUUAAGGAGGACCUUAAAGAGGAUAGACGCAAGAGAGAAACUAUUGCAAAAGGCUAUGCUGAGCUAGAAUCAGAGGUAUUUGACUUACGGAAUAUGAAAAAGGAUGCAAUUCUUGCUGUACAGCGAGCAGCAGAAAUGAAAGCAGAGCUGGCUAACCUUCAGCAUCAUUUAGUGUCAGCUGGUGAACUUGAGUUAAGGUUAAAAUCGUGGAUAGAUGAUCUACUUCUCACUGCGAAUGCAGACACACAAGCGAAAAUGAAAAUGGAUGCUUAUGAACGCACAAUUGCAGAAUUGAAUAGAAAAGUUAAUGCUGAUUCUAUGAAAAUUGAAGGAGCUGCCUAUAAAUUAAAGCAGGCUGAGGAAUUAUAUGCCAAGAGAGAGCAAUUAGCUUUUGAACAAAAAAAGUAUAUUGAAGAUAUCAGGAAGGAUUGUGACCAACAAAUAAAGGAGAGAAUGAAUGAUUACUCUAAGCUUUUAGAAAUCAAUGUCCAAAGAGAAGGAGAUAUGCUAAAGUUACAGGCUCAAUUAGAAUGUUUGGAAGAUAAAGUAAGAAGAAUGUCUGCUGGCAAACCAGUGCCAGCACAAGCACCUGACCUUUCUACUACUAUAGCUCAGCUUGCUUCCCCUAACUUUUCUAUAACAGAUGAAACAGUUCCAUUACAGAACUUGCAACUUCUAGUUGAACAUAGCGAAAUAGGGGCCAGCGGAAAAGAUUUUGGUCAUACUUGA